CUCGCGUCUCGGUCCAGUCUCCCCUUGAAACCAAAUCGCCCACACUAUUCAACCCUCAGAGCCAGAAUUCCCCUAACAAUCACUUCCGUGGCCAUGGACCCGAAUAAUCCCAAUAAUCGCCUUAAUCUCAACUUCGGCUUCAAUGACCGUCCGUACACCGCCUCCGACCCUCGGGCCUACCCAACCACCCCAUCGACUUUCCCACAACCAAUGUAUCCAAACCAAGGCGGUCACGACUAUGUCGAUGGCCAGAAUGCGCAGAGUGCGUACAAUCAAGGAUAUUUUGUGAACAACCCGUAUGCCCAGCAGGCCCCUCAUCCGCAGCAGUACAUGCACGCGAAUGUCGCCUCGCCUCAGCCCGGAUAUCAGACCCGCAUUGGUGGAUAUCAGCAGAAUGAUGGAACAAAUGGACUCAUCCAGCAGUUUUCGAACCAAGAUCUCGGCGGUUCCCCCCGUGGAGGGGGUGCUGGUCGUGGCCCCGCGCCCUCCCAGCGUCCUCGCACUGCAGGCUCGCCUGCUGGCAACCAAGGAGCCGGACAUUUGGCACCACCGAUGUCUAAUCGCAGCCCCAAGCCGGCUGGUGAGGAAGAAGAGCUGGUUAGAUGCCCGGAAAAAUACUCUGAGAACGUCCAUAAGAGAGGAAAAGCGGCCAAAGAGUUGGUCAAUGUCUUCUUCCGUGAGAACAUCGAGCGCGCACGUGAUCGAAAUCUCCGUGCUGUCAACCUCGACAAGACCUUGCAGAAUAAUACGCUUUCGGAUGCCCGAAAACGACAUGAGGCAGACACUGUGGCUAAGAAAGAAUCCAACUUUUUGCGAUUCAUUCGCACCAGGGAGACUGUUUCUAACUUCCAGACCCUCAAAAUUAUCGGCAAGGGUGCUUUCGGCGAGGUGAAACUUGUUCAGCGCAAGACAGAUGGGAAGAUUUACGCUUUGAAAUCUCUGAUCAAAUCCGAAAUGUUUAAGAAAGACCAACUUGCACACGUCCGCGCUGAACGUGACAUCCUUGCUGACUCCAAGGACAAUCCUUGGCUUGUGAAGCUGCAUGCAUCGUUCCAAGACAAAGCCUAUCUUUACCUACUCAUGGAAUUCUUGCCUGGUGGUGACUUGAUGACGAUGUUGAUUAAAUAUGAAAUCUUCUCCGAAGAUAUUACUCGAUUCUACAUGGCAGAGUUGGUGAUGGCUAUCGAAGCCGUUCAUAAACUUGGCUUCCUUCACCGAGAUAUCAAGCCAGAUAACAUCCUCCUUGACCGCGGUGGCCACAUCAAACUUACAGAUUUUGGUUUAUCCACUGGCGGAAAGAAACAGCACGAUAACUCAUAUUAUCAACAACUUCUGAAAAACACUUCUACGUCGAAGGAUAAGAAUCGCAAUUCGGGAUUCUUCAACGACGCUAUAAAUCUGACGGUCUCCAAUCGUGGCCAAAUUAAUACCUGGAGAAAGUCUCGUCGUGCCAUGGCUUACUCAACGGUGGGAACACCUGACUACAUUGCCCCUGAGAUUUUCAAUGGACAGGGCUACACAUAUCUGUGUGACUGGUGGUCCGUUGGCGCUAUUAUGUUUGAGUGUCUUGUUGGAUGGCCGCCGUUCUGUGCCGAAGAGGCGACAGAUACCUAUCGAAAGAUCGUCAACUGGAGAGAGUACCUUUACUUCCCCGAAGAGUUAACUCUUUCCCGCGACUCUGAACAUCUCAUUCGAAGCUUCCUCUGUGACCCCGAACACCGUAUUGGCCAGGAAGGAGGCCAGCAUGGCGGCGCUAUGCAGAUUAAGAACCAUCCAUUCUUCCGUGGAGUCGUCUGGGAUCAACUUCGCAAGAUUCGCGCUCCGUUCGAACCCAGACUUACUUCUAACAUUGACGUUUCUUACUUCCCCAUCGACGAGAUUCCUCAGGAGGACAACAGUGCUCAGCUACGUGCUCAAGCUCGUGCUAUGCCGGAAGAACAGGAAGCUGAGAUGAGUCUUCCGUUCAUUGGGUACACCUACAAGGCUUUCAAUGCCUUCCAAGCUAGUUAAGUUAUCUUCCAAGAGAUGGUGUUGUCCGAACUACAUUACACCCGAAUGGCACAUCUUCACUUUGGAAAAUAAUUCUUCAAACUAUCGAGUCUCUUACCGGAUAUGACAAUAUUUUAAUGACCCCAACCUCUUUUUCGUUCUCUAAGAAGCCCUGUCCAAUACGUAAUGCGACUAUACGCGUGUUCUUUGAAUGUCAGGGCUAAGUUUUAAAAAACGGAAUCGUCCAAAAGAAGAUCAGGACUGCGAAGCUUUGAUCAAGUUCCGGCUCGCUACGCACAUCGCAAUCGACACCUUGACUCUCGUAAGCAUUUACAAACCUUCAAAAUAUAGAUGCUUUUAUACCCCAUCAACAUGGAGACGGUGCUUAAAAGAAAUGCCAAUUGAGCUAUAAGUUGUAUAGACAUAUGUGUUACAUAUUCGAUUGCAUAGAACUCCUAAUCCGAAGAACCAGCCCAAUUUUGACAUUCUAACUCCAGACCAUCCAGCCCCAAACUCCCAAGCAGAAUCUAAGCAUAUCACUGAUAAUCUCCCAACUCAUCGCCUCGGUAGACUUGGAGCCAGACCAGGCACACCGGAGUAUCUCUCUUCUCUCUCCGUCUUGAACAGUAUCUGCACCCAAAACUCCUUACUGUCCUCAUCAAACCAGGUCCAAAACUUGCCCUCUCUCCGAUCCACUUCUCUCGCCUGCAACUUAAAUCCACACGUCUGAUAUGGCUCCGCUGCAACAAGAAGGUACUGAAAGUUUUUGUCCGGCGGAUCAUCCACCUUCUGCUCAAAAGCAGACAUGAAUCUCACGCGCGGCACAACGCCAGGCGUAAUUUCCUGAUACUGUAGCUGGAAAAGGAGGCCGUGCUGCCUUGUGAGCGGGUCUCGGAUCUUGGUGAUCUUGUAGCCCGGGCGACCUAUCUUGACUGUGUUGCGCUUCACUUGUACACCCAUGCCAGCAGGGAGUAAAGAGCCAUCGGCUUGAGAUUUGCCUUCUUUCUGCUCCCGGGCGGCGCGCCGGGCGAGGUUGGUCUGAUGUUUGCGGCCCUGGGUGUGGGCGAGGUAGGAGCCGUCAUUUUGGUGAACGGUUAGACAAAGACGGCAUUCAAAGCUGCCAACGUGGUUUUUGAAGAAGUACGGGUCUUUGUCGAGAUCGAUGUGUUCCAAGGCAAGUUUGCGAAGGCGUUCGCGACGGUCAGCGUUGGUGGCGGAGUGGGAGGCUACACCUCCUCCGCCGAAUUUUGAACCCACGCGAUUCU